AUGGUCUCCUCCACUAUCAGCUUCUCCGGCCUCAUGUGCCUCGUCCUGGCUCUGGCCCCAUCUACCGUCCUCUCUGCUCCUCAGAUCCCGGGCCUCCCAGUUCCUGAUUUGUUCAACCACCCCGCUGCUCCCACCGACAAAGGUCCCGGCAACAGCGACUCCGAAGCCGGCAGCGGUGUCCACGUUGCCAUCCCCGGCGGACCCUACGUGAACGCCGGUGUCGGCUACAAGGAUAGCCACCGCGGCCCCUGCGGCCCAGGCUCAGGCGAUGACCACCACGCCGGAGCAGGCGUCGACGUCGGUAUCCCCGGCGGUCCCUCCGUUAAGGUCGGCAACGGCGAGCACAGCCACCACGACGGUUACCCCUGCCCCGAGCCUCCUGCUCCCGCCCCGGUCGUCCCUGUCAUGGCUCCCGCUCCUGCUCCCACUGCUCCAACCUACCUCCCUCCCACCUUCACCACACCAAUCUUCAUCCCAACCACCACCCCCGCAGCUGUCUGGUCUCCCGCUGUUCCCGUCGUUCAGCACUCCACCCCACUGAUCCCCCGCCCUGCCCCAUCUGCUUCUCCCGCGCCUUCCGUUAUGCCCAUCUUCAACGGUGCCUCCUCCAUGGCACCGGGAUCUUCCAUCUUGGCAGUGGCUCUUCCUCUCGUCCUGGCUUUCUUCUACUAG